CGUGUUUGUUUCUAUUGGUGGAGGAGUUAGCCACUGGCCGCUGAUGUAGUAGUAGUACACAGAGCAUUCAGUAGUAUAUAAGGGCGACUCUUUCGUACGACCACGCAUAACCGACAGGGAGUCAUUCCAUGACACGCGUUGCACGCGACCGGGGCAGCCUCUCUUCCUCCGUUUCUUCCUCUUUUUCACCAUUCUUUCGCCGUAUCCUGAUCGACUACCGCUUAGUUCGUUAAAGUGGAUCCCAGGGACCACCCUCGACCCUCGCUCUCGCCUUCCGUGCCUCUUUGCUUUUAGUCUUCUUUCCUUUUCUCGGUAUUUAUCAUCCUUCGCGCGACUAUUUUCCGCAUUUCUACACGAGCACGUCAGUAAUUAUCUUUACCAUUGAAAAAUCUGCUUAAUGGAUUCGUCGUAUUCGUUUCGAAUGUCUCUACCGAUGAUCGCCAUAGGAGGAUCGUGGUUAACGUUAAUUUUGUCCACGUGCCUGAUGUUAAUCGUUCUGUUAUUGGUGGUCCGACGAGGGAGAUUUCUGUAUGCCCUAAGAAAAGUGCCAUACCCGCCUGCUUUGCCCAUCAUUGGCAACGCGUAUCAAUUAUGUUGCAGUCCGGAAGAAGCCUUCAAAAAGAUGCUAAAAUGGGGAAAAGAGUUAGGAGAUAUGUAUUUGGUUUGGGUAGGCAUGCGACCGUUUAUCUUCCUCUACAAGGCAGAAGCGAUACAGCCACUGCUAAGCAGUAGCGUUCACAUCGAUAAAAGCUUGGAGUAUGGAUACUUACGACCUUGGCUUGGUUCCGGUUUGGUAACAAGCACUGGUGAGAAAUGGCAUUUUCGCAGGAAGUUGCUAACACCAACCUUCCACAGUGGUCUUCUAGAAGUAUACUUGAAGACGGCAAUCAAAGAAGCCGAAAUACUAAUCUCAUGCCUAAAUCAGGAAGUCGAUAAACCAGAAUUCGACAUUGUUCCCUAUGCCAAACGAGCGACGUUGGAUAUAAUAUGCGAUAGUUCCAUGGGAUGUAACAUUAAUGCGCAAAAAAAUUUUGAAAACGAAUAUGUGCUCGCUGUGAACACACUAGCUUCCAUCUCGCAAAGAAGAUUCCUAAAUGUAUGGAUGUCUUUUGACCCGAUCUUUAAGCUAACAAGCUGGGGCAAAGAGUACGAUCAAGCACUUCGUGUUACUCAUGGAUUCAUUAACAAAAUAAUCGCGGAAAGAAAAGCCGAGUGGAAAGCCAGAAAGGAUGGGAAUUGUCAUGAACGGUCUCAUAAACGUCAAGCUCUGUUAGACUUGUUGUUGGAAUUAUCGAAAGAUGGAGAAGUACUUAGUGACAUUGAUAUCCGUGAUGAGGUAAAUACGUUUAUGUUCGCGGGUCACGAUACCACUGCGACUAGCAUAUCCUGGUUCCUGUAUGCAUUAGGAAGACAUCCUCAGUACCAGGAAAAAAUUCUUGAAGAAUAUUAUGAGAUAGCAAAAACGGAAGAAUUAUCUCUAGAUAUACUAAGCAAAUUAACGUGGUUAGAAGCGUGCAUAAAAGAAUCUUGGAGAAUUUACCCAGUAGCACCGCUCAUCGCAAGACAGAUUUAUCACCCUAUUACCAUUUUGGGGCAUGAAAUUCCAGUAGGAUCGACGGUUCUCGUAAAUUCGUUCCUUCUUCAUCGUGAUACUAGAUAUUUUCCAGAGCCAGACACUUAUCGACCAGAACGAUUUCUUCCCAAUGGACCAAAAUAUCCUUCUUAUGCUUUCAUUCCCUUCAGUGCUGGCUCUCGUAAUUGUAUAGGAUGGAAAUAUGCCACGAUGAUCGUCAAAGUUCUUAUUUUGCAUAUAUUGAAAAAUUUCAAAGUCGAGUCCUUGGAUACAGAGGAUCAACUUCGUUUCACUAGCGAAUUGGUAUUACACAAUGCUAAUGGACUUCGUUUAAAAAUUACACCACGAAAAUAGGCAAGUCUUGUUUAAUUUUAUUGCAGCAAUAUACAUGACUGAGUGAAAUGAAAAGAUCGAAAUAAAAUAUAUAUAUAUAUAUAUCAUUAUAGUGAAAUGAAAAGAUCGGAAUAAUAUAUAAUAAUUAUAUAUAUCAUUAUAGUGAAAUGAAAAGAUUGGAAUAAUAUAUAAUAAUUAUGUAUUAUUUCGAUUUUUUCAUUUCACUAUAAUGAUAUAUAUAUAUAUAUACAUACUUUGAACUAUAAGCAAAAGGCUGAUUUCUUCUGCAUAUCAAUGUUAGAGAGAUCAUAUUUUGUGAUAACAAUAAUGAUGUUAAUUUAUGUCAUAUUCUUAUAUUUAUCACGACAGUCAUUCGUAUUUAUUUAAGAGCAAAAAAGUAUCAUAGGAAAUUAGAUUAAUAGAAUUUGUAUAAUAAUCAGUAAGAAAUAUCUAUCUGUAAAUUACAUAAACAUUAAGAAUCGACUGUAUGUAGUACAAAUUGUAUUACGUUGUUGUGGAGCUCAAGAGUCAUGAUAAUCAAAGUUUUUGUAUUCCUUUUACACAAUUAUUUUAUGUCUUUCGAAUGUUGCCACAUUAAGUUAUUACAAUUGUAUCUCUAAUUUUAUAUGUUAACAGCCAUUUGCCCACUCAUGAAAAUGUUGUUAUUAGUAAGUAGGUUUUUCGCUGCAAUUAUAACUAUUUUGAAGUUUUAACUCAUUGAGAAGGACUUGUGUAAUAUAUGUAUAUUGGACUUCUUUAAGUUUAAUUGACGUUUAUCUAUAAUAACAAAGAAUGAAAAAUGCUGGGUCAUUGUAUUAGUACACUAGCCAAUGACUGGGAAUCUGUUGAUUAUCUCGAAAGUGAUAUUAAAUUUCAUGUAUAUUUUCUUAUUAGACAGCUAUAAUACUUAGUUAUUAAAUACUUUGCACUUAUUGAGUGAAGGAGUGAAAACAUAAUUGUAAUAUUGUGAUAUUUUAUAAUAUUUUUACUUUACAAGAUGAAAAUAUGAGUAUAAAUAUGAUAGGAUAUUAUACAUGUAAUAAUUCUUAAUCUUUCAUCCAUUUUUAUUUAAUUAAUAAAGCACCAUGUAUAACCACAAAAAAUUUUGAUUCCUUACAGUGCAAUAGUUCCUUAUAGUGCAAUAGAUUCCUUAUAGUGCAAUAGAUUCCUUAUAGUGCAAUAGCACUGCAUUAUCAUGUAGUAAGCUCUCAUUUAAAAUUAUUGUUCCAUACCUAUGUACAUAAUUAGUCCAUGUUUGAUGUUCAUUGAAUCGACGUUCUAUAAUCCGGCUCUUGACAGAUGUUUGAGCAACGAACACCAGAUGCGAACGUCGAUUUUAUCGAUUUCUCGUAAAACAGAUAUCCUAUUAAGAAAAUAGAAUAUACAUGUAAUAUCUCACACACUGUUAAUUAUUCCAAGAUAUUUUCUGAGAUUUCCUUUCAGACAUUCUUAAAAUAUCAUAAAAAUCAAUCAUAAAUCAUUUAGCAAGUUGCAGAAGUUAUAUGUUAGCAGCCUAAAAUAAAAAUGGAAUACAUUAGAUAAACGUUCAAAUAUAUACAUAUACAUAUACAUAUACAUAUACAUAUACAUAUAUAUAUAUAUAUAUAUACACAGUAACAUAUGUUUUUAUUUCUUAUUAUACCAGUUCAUCAAGAUCAAUAUCUGAAAUAUCCAGAGACAAAACUGAUUCCUUAUACAAAUUAGUUUCAACAUCAGCUAUGUCCUCUGUUUUAUUAGACUCUUUGCUAUCGAUAUUGAUAUCCUCAUUGAUCUGCAUAUUAUCUUUCUGCUUCAUCUCACUUCUAAAUAAAAUAUAUCAUUUAGAAUAUAUUACUAUAUUUUUAUUGCUGCAAACAAUAAAAGCUUUAAUAUAUGUGUAGAAAAUGCUUAUAUAUAUACUUCUCUUUUUUUAGAUUUAUGCUCUCUAAUCGAAAUAACUCCGCAAUUCUCUGCAGAUGGCAUUUACUUCUUUUUUUUAUCGAUGGUAUCUCAAAAAUUUCUUUUAAAUAAUUUUCCACAGGCGGUAAUGGUUUAUCUGGAUUAAUAGCACGGUAUGAUAACAUAUCCCAUCUAUGUUGUACACCAGGAUUUGGCAUGCAUCCUGGUAAAAAACACUCACACCCAUCAAUCUGACUAUCAUUUCUGUUUAAUGUAAUGUAAAUGUGUAAUCAUAUAGAGGAUGGUUAAUUACAUAUACCAAAAUGCUAGUAUCCUUACUCUGUAUCCGUUAACAUCAGAGAAUCUAUUAAACUAUCUAUAGCUUCAUUUUGUGGAGUAUUUAAUUGUUUAAUUGUGGACUUCAUGGAUCUUGUUUCCAUGAUCCUUCGAUCUUCUGCAAAUACUAAUUGUAUUUCUAUCAAGCACUGUAUACAAAUAUAAACAACAUAUUAAACAAUAUAUCAAAAGAUAAUAUACAAAUAAAAACAUAUAUUUUACAAUACCCAUGGUUCAUCAGGAAUAUCAAUACAAGGAAACAAUGCAACCAUUCUAGGCACGCCACCUUUUUUAAAAAUUUUUCUCACAAUAGCAACUGAAUUUGUUUCAUGCAUUGCUUGCACUAAACUAUAAAAUGGUUUCACUACAUUCUAAAAAAUCAAGAUAAAUAUAUAGCUUAUAGAUAUAUAGCUUAAUUCGAAAUUCUUUUGGUAUAAGUAAAAUAUUAAGACAUACAUUUGUUUGACUAUUGGGUAAAAUAACAGAACUGGAACUUUUGUAAAAAUACUCCAAAUCAACAUUAUUUCUGUCUGUAAACCCGUAAAUUCGAUAACUUCUUUCACUGUCUUUCUGUCUUAUAUUCAUCUCUAAAUCCUCUACAUUUACAAUAAAAUACAUGUAUUAUGAUAAUAUAUUGAUUAUAAUACUUAUAGUAAUAAAAAUAAAUUAAUAUAUACCAGGUACUGAAAUAAAAUCUCCUCCAUAUUUGUAUCCUUUUUGAAUGUUAUCUGCUGUAUAAGAAACCCUCUGUCUAUCUAAGUAUUUUGUUUCUGAUCGGAGCUUUUGAUCACCUUUGGCUUUUUUCCAUGGCGGAAAAUUUGUUUUUCUUACCUAAUAGAAAUAGCAAUAUUAAAUUACAACAGUCACAAUAUAACAUAAUACACAUAAAUGAUUUCUUGCUCCACAAUUUCUCCUUACCUUACCAUAAGAAACAACUGGUAUUUUUUUAUCAAGUAACUCUAAGCUAUAAUAAGAUGGAGAUGGUUUUGAUGGUAUCGGUGUAUAAAAUUUCAUAUCUGAUAUGGCAUUAUCAAAUGUUAUAUGGUGACCAUUAAUCUAGUAAAUAAAAUAAAUUAAAUAAUGACACUGACAGUAAUAUAUUAUAAAAAUAGAUAGUUUAAUAGAUAAAACCUUUUCAUUGACAUCUUUUAGAAGGAUUUCACUAAGUGUAGGAGUAGGUGAUAUAGUUGAUUCUGAUCUGUAAAUAAUAAAAUUAUAAAAUUAAAUUAUAUACAAUAAUUUAUAUAACAAAAUUAAAAUAGAUGUUUACAGUGUGACUAAUAUAAUUUUGUUUGUUGAAAGACAAUCUGCAAUUGCAUCUGCUUGAAAUUGUGAAAUAAUAUCCGGAUCUUCAUUAAAAUCGGACAUCAAAAUGAUUUUCCUUGUAGAAGGUAAAAUACUAAAAUAAGAAAUAUAUUGUGAGUGAUAUUAUAAUAUGAAUUGGAAUAUUUCUAUUUUUACCAUUUCCACAAGUACAGUCGUAAUAUAUUUAAACAUACGUGUUUUCUUUCAUAAAUAAUACUGCAGCCUCAAGUGCUUCAAUCCAAUUAGAACAAUGGUUUGUACCUUCUAAAGCCAUACAUUUUUUUACAAGAUCCCACUUUGGAAUCUGAAAAUCUGUAAAUUCUUCUACAUGUUCUGUAUCCAAACGAUUUUUUGUAACACCGGAGCCCAUUAACAUUAUUGCAACUUUAUCAUUUGGUGUUAAGAAAAUCUAAAAAAUACCAAAUAUUAAUAAUUGAAAGUAAAUAACAUUAAAUUAAAAUUUUAUAAUACCAUUUUUUGAAUUUUUCGCUUGGCAAUAUGUUUUGCUUUCUCCAAUAAGGAAUGAUUAUUUUCUAUAUUUGGAUUUGUUACUCCAAUAUUUAUUAAUAGUACUAAUGAUUCCUGAAAAUAACAUUAACAUGUUUCUUGUAUUAUAUUAUGUGAAUGGUCCAAUUAUAUUGAUAUUCAACCAUAAGUUUAAAAAUGUAUAAAUUUAAAAGAAAUGAAUUAAUAAAAUAUAUUUUUAAAGGCGACAAAAUAUAACCUUUUGUGCUUUCGGUGGCAUUUUACACAAUUGGAAUUAAUAUAUGCUGCUCUCAACGAUAUUUAUGUUUAAAAAUGCUAAAAAGAAAAAAAAUUAUAGUUAAUUACAAAAGAAAGAUUAAUUAUUAUUCGGGAAAAAAAUGUUCUAAUCACUGUUGCGGAAGAAGGGCGUAUAAUAUAUUUUUAACAACUAUUGUGGAAACAUAAAUUAUCUUGAUAAGAAAUUUCUUUUAUAUGUUAUAUCAUAUUAGAAAACUUGAACCAAUUAAGUGUAUACAACAAAAUCUAUAUUUUAGUUUUUAUAUCUUUAAUAGUUGGACAAAAUAAAAUAAGUCACACCUGUUAGUCUUUAGCAGUGUCGAAAGCACUUAUAAUAUUUAAUGGUGAUUACAAUGCUGAUACAAAAUGGUGAUUAAUAGUGGUUAAUAAAUGAUUUAAUAAAAGUGCGCUAUGUAGAACUAUGUAAAACGCAGAUAUGUAAAAGUGUAGAAAUAAUGAUAACGUUGAAAUAAAAGUACUAUAAUAGUAA